CUUUCUCUCGCUGACGUCUUUUAAAAUGGCCGUCCGCCCUCGUUCGCUGCAGAUCGAGCGAUCGGCAGGGAGAGAUAGGGGCGGGACGGUGGCGGAGGAGAGAUAUGGGAUCGGCCGCGGCGGAGAUCGGCCUCGACCUCGACCUCAACCUCUGCGCCAGGAGGGACCGUCGGCAGCUUUGUCAAGGAGGCCGCGGCCGCCGGCGACGGAAGCGUAGCUAAGUUGGAGGCGUCCCUGAGGAGAUUGGAGGAGGAGAGGAACAAGAUCGGAGUUUAUAAGCGCGAGCUCCCUCUCUGCAUGCUCCUCGUUACCGACGGUGCCCAACUUUUCUUCGUGUUUGUUGAUACUUUUCCCGUUAGAUGACGAUGAUUUCUGACGCCGAUGCUUCCUCGAUUACGUGAUUGAGGUGUUGAAGGAGGAGCUGGAGCGGCGCCAGGAAGAGCUAUUCGCUCGAGGUUUCAAAGAAUUCAUACCCAUUAGGCCAUUAGGAGUGAGUGCGUGGAAGGAGAUUGCGAGGACAAGGCACAGUCGACGAGCUCUGCCCAGAUAUGGUGCCUUAAUCCUAGAAGCCACAGGGUCGAUGAUGGUGGUGUUGGUGACAAGAGCAUCACAAAUGAGGUACAAAAGGGCAGUGGAAGACCAGAUCAGGUGGUGAAGGAGAACGUUUGCUUAGAAUUCAAAAUCCACAAUAAUAUUGGGGGUGGAUUCUUUCACUUCAGCCGCCUAUCGCCGUUGGCGAUGAGGUCAAAGGAGGAUGCAAAGCCCACAGCGAUGCUUCCGGUGCCGGAUCUCUCUUUGCCUUCAACUGCCGCAAAGGACGCUGCUCUCCCUGUUUCUGCCAUGGCUCACGUCCAUUCCGAUAGAUACUCUGGCACUAAGCGCCUCGGUGGAGUUCCACUGGCAACGGCCGGAUCUCACCGCAGCCUGCAGCUGCAGCAGCCACCGACGAAGACGAGGCGAUGCUGGUCACCGGAGCUCCACCGCCUCUUUGUCCUCGCUCUAGAGCAACUUGGGGGUGCCCAAGUGGCUACUCCAAAGCAGAUCAGAGAACUGAUGAAGGUGGAUGGUCUCUCCAACGACCAAGUAAAAGCCAUCUGCAGAAAUAUAAAUUGCACUCAAGAAAGAUCCCCGAUGGUUCAGCAACUGCCAAUAGACCUGUUGUGGUCUUUGAAGGUAUGUGGAUGCCUCCUGAAAACUACACUUCCUCAUCACCACCACACACCGUUUCGCAGUCUGGUUCUCCUCAAAGUCCUCUUCAAUUUGCUUGCUCAAACUUAGCCAUCUCCGUCGAUGGCUGCCAGGAAGAUGAUGGAAAGUCUGAGAGCUUCAACUGGAGAUCUUGAGCAAUAUUUGUAGUACAAUGUAUAGCUGAGGUAACAAUCGGCUUCUGAAAUCUGAGAGAGUAUGUAGAUAAAAUGGGAGUUUUAUUGAUGAAAAGACCAGGCGAGAUUCCGCCGGAAUGGUGGAAAAGAGAUUAAUUUUCCCCAAAAUAUGGCCUCGCAUGGAAGAACAGCUCAUGGAUGUUCCAUUUUUUUUUUCAUGGAAUAAAAAAGGUAACGCUGGUUUUUCAUACUACUAGUCUUUGAAAUUACAGUAAUUGUGAAAGUUGGUGGAAGAUUGUACUAUUUGAAUUCCUGAACUAGUAAUAGAAUAACUAUAAAGAAACCAAUUUAACUAUUUGAAUUUCUCAAGAGCUACUUACGUUUGUCAUUUCAUCUUCCGAAAUCUGAAUCCUACUGAAGCAUUGUUGCAGGGAGAAGGAUGGAUGAAGUAUUAGAUGAAAAUAACUCAUGAAACUGUGCCCAUAUUCACGGGAUGCAAUUCAACAACAGCACAGGAUGUUGGAAAAAAAAAAAGCACAACAGUGAGUGACACUAGAGAAUCAACAGACAGCUAUUUGGCUCAAGUGCUUAAGAACGAGUCUUGGAGCUUUCUGCAUUUCUCACCGGAUUGAAAUAAGGAUGGUCCUGAAGCAAUAAACAACAGCUGGGUUAGGAAGUAUAUCUGAGAAUUACGACGGUUCUUUUGAGUUACAAGAAGGAACAUUUACCAUCGCUUCCUUUGCUGUGAGCCUCUCCUGGUGGUCGUAUUUUAGCAGUUUGUCCACAAAGUCGACAGCCUAUGAAGGGAAAGCAAUGAGAAAACUAAACAAAAUAUUGAACUGGAACCUAUGUAUCUAACAGGUCACACCUCAGGAACUGUGACGUGCUGGUUGUCGGAAUUUAUAAAUUUUACCCAUGGCUUCUUGCUGUGCCUGCAAAAAAUGGAAAUCUGACUAUGAGGAACAAUGCACACCGUGAAAGAGAGGGAGCUUGAUCACAAAAUAAUAUUGGAACCUUCCGACAAGUGCUUCAAACUGUGGAUCCAGCUCUAGAUGGUAUUUGUUGAGAUAUGCAGUUAAACCAUCUGUUCCAAGCACCUGAACCACAGAACACAUCCUCACUGAAAUUUUGCGUUAACGAGUCCGAUUAACUGGUGAAAGCAAAAUUGUAUCCGCUAUUCAAAAACAAGCCAACUGAACUGUGCAGUGCCAACAUUAAACUUUUAUUCCACCAUAUCACAAAGGCAUUUCGGGAAGAUUAUUCAAUAUUCAUGGAAGCUAUGAAUCUAACCUGACAUUCAUAUAUAUGUAGGGUUUCUGAAUUAAAUUAGAUGUAAUUCCAAAAUCUGAUUUUGAAUAUAAAUUAAGCGGUUGGUAAUUG